UCCCUCACUAACAAGAAAGGCACAAACAUACUCUCCUAUAUUACUCAACAACCCUCUCUUCAUCUUCAUCCUUCAAAUAUAACCUCUUCUUUUUCUUAUAACUGCUAUAUCUCUCGUGUCUUGCUUGUCUGUAUAAGAGUACGAGUAGAAAAGAGAGAGAGGGAAACAAGUUCAAACCAAGGAGAGGAGAAGAGAGAAAGAGAGAAGAUUUACGAAGAUGAGAGCUGGAAUUUGUACUAUACAGCUCCAGGCUCUGAGCAUUGAGGCUGAAGCCACGGUGAAGCAAGCGGUUGGCCUCGCACGGCGACGAGGCCACGCCCAUGUCACCCCGCUCCAUGUGGCUAGUGCCAUGCUCGCUUCCUCCUCCGGCCUUCUUCGGAGAGCUUGCCUCCAUUGCCACUCCCACCCUCUGCAAUGCAAAGCUCUCGAGCUUUGCUUCAACGUCGCCCUCAACCGUCUCCCGACGUUGACGCCAAGCCCGCUUUUCGGGCCACAGUAUCCAAACCCUUGCCUUUCCAACGCAUUGGUUGCCGCCUUCAAGCGGGCCCAGGCGCACCAACGCCGCGGCUCGAUUGAGAACCCGCAGCAGCAACAGCAACAACAGCCCAUUCUAGCUUUGAAAAUUGAGUUGGAGCAGCUCAUCAUCUCCAUCUUAGAUGACCCAAGCGUUAGCAGAGUGAUGAGAGAAGCUGGUUUCUCAAGCACACAAGUCAAAAACAGGGUGGAGAAAGCUGUUUCCUUGGAGGAGUGCAACAAUGAUAGACAAUACUUUUAUGACAAAAAGUGGAACUUCCUACCCACCAACACUCCAUUAAUCCACAAGCCUCACUUUCAAGAUUCCAAAUUAGAAACCACCAAAUCCCCAAAUCUUGGCCUUUUCAGCCAUUUUGGACUCAUGUCUCCCACCACAAAACUGUUUGACAAUGUCCCCAAUGAAGAAGAUGUAACAAGUGUUCUUGAAGAGCUAUCAAACAGAACCCAAAGAAGAAGCAGCAACACAGUGAUUGUAGGGGAGAAUUUAGGCACAGCUGAAGCUGUGGUUAGAGGAGUAAUGGAGAAAUUUGAAAAGGGAGAUGUUCCAAAAGAGCUGAGACAUGUGGAAUUCCUAAGCCUUCCUCUGUUCUCCUUGAGGAGCCUCUCAAAGGAGGAGAUUGAGCAGAAGCUUUUGGAGCUGAGAUGCAUAGUAAAAAGCAGCCUGGGCAAAAGGGUCAUUUUCUAUUUGGGAGAUCUCAAAUGGGUGUCUGAGUUUUGGUCAAAUUAUGGAGAGCAGAGGAGCCAUUACAGCCCUGUGGAGCAGAUAAUAAUGGAGAUCAAGAGAAUGUUAUUCCAUGGAAAUGGUGAAAUCUAUGGAAGAUUUUGGGUUCUGGGAAUUGCAACUUUUCAGAUUUAUAUGAGAUGUAAAGCUGGCCAUCCUUCUUUGGAGUCACUUUGGUCACUUCAUCCUCUUACAGUUCCUGUGGGCAGCCUCAGUCUAAGUCUCAACUUUGAAAGCAAAGAAUGUGAUUUUCCGACCAAUUCUGCCAUGGGUUUCCCUUUAUGUCUCCAACAGUACAAGGAGGAUGCAAGAAAAAGUGCUGUAAUUUCCAAUAACCAACAGGAUGAUCAGUGGCUAAGUUCAACACAAAAAGGAGUAAACUUUGUAGAUAAAUCUACAAACUUUUCUCCUCCUUCAGAUUUCUGCCACCAUUUUCUUAGCCCCAAACACAAACAGUCCCCAAAAGAGUACCAAUUCUGGGCCACAGAAGAGAAAGAGGCAGAACAAAACGGUGUCGUUUCAAAGCCAGAACUCCUCUCAAACCCCAACUCAAGCCCCAACUCAGCCUCCUCAAGUGAAGUGGAAGAGGACAACUCAGGGGAUCCCCAAAACCAUCACUUGAAAGAAUUCAAUCCCCAAAACUUGAAGCUAAUUUCUGAAGUACUUCUAAAAACAGUCCCAAAUUGCCCAAAACACAAGGCCUCUGAAAUCUCAGCCACAAUCCUCCAUUGCAGGUCACAGAGAAGCCAAAAGCAGCAGCAAAGUUGCAGCCUUUUGUUCAUGGGCAAUGAGCAGAAGCAAGAGGCCAAGGAGAGGACUGCAAGGGAAUUGGCCAAGCUCUUCUUUGGGUCACAGACAAGGGUGAUUUCCAUUGGAUUGAGCAGCUUCAAAGAUGAGGAAUUUGGGAAGAAGAGGGGGAGAAAUGAAAUGGGGUGCAGUUAUUUGCAGAGAUUUGCAGAGGCAGUGAAUGAAAAUCCCCAUAGAGUGUUCUUGAUGGAAGAAUUUGAGCAAAUUGAUUACUGUUCCUUGAAGGGUCUGAAAGAGGCAAUUGAAAAGGGGAGGGUGAGGCUUGCAGAUGGAGAGCUUUGCCCUUUGAAAGAUGCCAUUGUCAUCUUCAAUGGAGAAAGGCAGAUUGUAAAACAGGAACUGAAGAAUGAAGAAGAAGAAGAAGAAGAAGAAGAAGAAAAUGAAGAAGAAAACAGAGGAUUUGUUUCACUGGAUUUGAACAUAGCCAUUGUUGAAGAUGGAAAUGGGGACAGAAUCAGAUCAAUUGUGGAAUGUGUGGAUGGGAAAAUUUUAUUUUCAUAGUUAAACAGCUUUGAUUUUUAGAGUUUUUCUUCUUCAAUGGUGGGUGGGUGACACUUUUUUUUUUUGGGUGGGGGAAAAAAUCUCUUGUUUGAUAGGGAGGGAUGGAGGGGUUGGGUGAUAGUUUUUUUUUUGGGGGUUUUUUUUUCUUUUUCUUAUGAGCACUUUUUGAGAAUGGGAAAUGUAGAAUUUGGGAGUAGUUUAGUCGUAGGAAUGUAAAUGUGUAAAUUAAUGCAUAUCUCUGUUGGGGUUUUCAAUUAUAUGUUAGCUUGAUCCGGUUGGGUAA